AUGUCCCAAGAAGAGGAACAGGACGAGGACUACUUCCUCCCGCUAGAAGACCAGCGCGUCUUCGGCGCUGGCAUCCGUCGUAAACGCGUGCAGUUCGUGCGCUCGGCCGAGCAUGAACUCAACACCACCGUUCCGUCAUCGUCAUCAGCCUCCACGCCGUCCGCUACAAGCAUCGCAGACAAGUACUUGUCGAUCGUCUUGAAACCGAAGACUGCUACGUCGCCGAGUACGCCCACCGAAGAGGCUUCUGCUCCGCUGCCACCUCGUUCAACGCAAUCUGCGCCUCCAGCUGCGGAAGCUGUUGCUCCGCCGCCGCCACCACCACCUCUACUUCCUCCAGCCGACACGGGAACGGAAACAGAAACAGACACCGCGCAACGGUGUGAAGUGUGCAACCUUCCACUAUCCACAGAGACACCAUCAACCCCAUCAUCCUCAUUAUCAACCCACCGUCCCCACGAAGCCUCCCUAGCACACCAACUCUGUCUAACGCACUCCCACCCACCAUCCCACCUAGACCGCACGCGCGCCGGCCUUCGGUAUCUCUCCACAUACGGUUGGGACCCAGACAGCCGAACCGGGCUGGGAGCACCCGGCCGCGAAGGCAUCCGAGAGCCGCUGAAAGGGCGGGUGAAGAACGACACUGUCGGGCUUGGAGCGGGAGUGGGCCGGGACGCAGAUGGGGAUCCGAUCCCAGUGCAUCGUCGUCCGGUAUCGCCGCCGAAGAAGGUGCAGAGAUUGAAUUCUAAACAGGUGCGGAGACAGGCUGCUGAGGCACGGAAGAGGGGGGAUCGGUUGAGGAAUCUGUUUUUCCAGAGCGAUGAUGUUUUGAAGUUCCUUGGUGAGGGGCCUUAG